GGAACACCAGGUUAGAUCUGCUUCCACCGUCGAAGUGUAGCAAACAUAGAGUAGGAUUAAAACAUAUAUUAACAUUAGAAGUUUUGCAAUUUUUUUAGCAAUGGCGGCUAAAUAUAUUUAUUAACAUUAGAAGUUUUGCAAUUUUUUUUUAGCAAUGGCGGCUAAAUGUAUUUGUUUUCUAGCUACUCUCUUGUAGGAACACCAGGUUAGAUCAGCAAAUUCUUUAAACCAUAUCAUAUUUUUUAAAGUGAAUUUUCACGGUACAUAGAGCGUAACCGGUCCACAUCGGUUUCCAUAGCCGGUAAGGAGUUGUUUUGAGGCCCCAUCAAAAUAAAUAUAAGUAUUAGGAGGGCCCCUGCAAUUUCUGUAAUUAAGAUGCUGGCUAGGUAACAUGUCAAGUUGCCAUGUUAAAAUCCUGGAGGUAUCUGAUAGCAAAGUUAGUUAUGCAUUCAACACAACCACAGACAAAAUUAUACUGACUUGACCCUGGCUGGGUUAGAAGGAUUGUUGAAUGAUCAACCUGAUUAUCAAAUGGCAGGGGGCCAAGGUGAAGGGGAGGAGAAACUAUCCAUGGAACUAACAGAAGAUGUCAUAAGAAGCAUGGAGAUAGGUGUUAUUAACAAAGAUUAUAAUGGUAAAAUUAGUUCACUGGAUUUCCACCGAACAAACAAUUAUUUGGUCACAGCUUGUGAUGAUGAAUCUAUUCGGCUUUUUGACACAGCAAAUGCGGCAAUGAUAAAGACCAUAUAUAGCAAAAAGUAUGGUGUUGAUUUGAUUUGCUUCACCCACCACCCGACAUCAGUGCUUUACUCUUCAAAGAAUGGCUGGGAUGAAUCGUUGCGACAUCUAUCCCUCAUGGACAAUAAAUAUUUGCGAUAUUUCAAGGGUCAUCAUGACAGGGUGGUUUCCCUUUGUAUGUCACCAAAGAGUGAGACCUUCAUGUCAGGCUCCUUGGACCGUACUGUUCUUCUUUGGGAUCUAAGAACUGAUAAAUGUCAGGGUCUAAUCCGUGUAAGAGGAAGACCUGCAGUAGCAUAUGAUGAACAAGGACUUGUCUUUGCCAUUUCCAAUGAAGCAGGUUUUAUAAAAAUGUUUGAUAUUCGAUUAUAUGAUAAGGGACCAUUUGAGACAUUUCUUGUUGAAAGAGAAAAAUCUGAUGCAUCAGGGAUAAAGUUUAGCGAUGAUGGAAGACUAAUGCUUUUGUCUACCAUGGGUGGUAAUAUACACAUAUUGGAUGCAUAUCAAGGGACAGUGAUGCAUAGUUUCGACGUGGAAGCUGUUCCUGACAGUGGAACUCUUGAAGCCUCUUUCAGUCCAGAUGGGAAAUUCGUCAUUUCAGGAUCUGGGAAUGGUAAUAUACAUGCUUGGAGUGUCAACAGUGGCAAGGAGGUGGCCUGUUGGAUGAAUGACGGAGUCAUUCCUGCAGUGGUAAAAUGGGCUCCGAGACGCCUAAUGUUUGCAAGUGGAUCAUCUGUAUUAUCAUUAUGGGUGCCAGAUUUAUCAAAAUUGGAUACUCACGUGGGAUCAAAUGCCAGCGUUUCUUAUGCUAGUGUUUCUCAUUCAUAAUAUUAUUUUUUUUUUUCCCACACUUCCUGUACAGUUUAUGUAUUUAUAAGGAAACCAUCAUCUGUGUGGUUGUAUGGUUCCUGAAAUAGUUCUGGCAUUAGAGGAGAUUUAUGAAUGGUUUUUAUUAUUGUUCAAAAAGGGUGGGUGUAGGAUAGUUAGAUGGUACACCGAAUUAGUUCUUUCUGACAUUCUGUUACAGUGCUACAAAAGGCUGUUGAUGGAAGAGAAGACAUUGGUUUACUAGUUUUGUUGGUUGGUACUAUCUCAUCAUGUCAAACUUGGAGAACUAUGUAUUACAGAUGGUUUAAAGAACAAGACAUUGCCAUCCCUACUCUCUAUAUUGUUUUUACCUCAUCUAGGUUGGACAUGAUACCUUAUUAAAGGUUUUAAGAAGGGGGAAAGAUGCUGCUGCAAUUAGAUUUUUUAUCUGCGGAAUGACCUUCGUCAGAACAUGAAGUGUUUUACUAGUAAGGUUUCUAGGAGCAAGAUAGGGUCAUCUGAUUUGCCCUUUUUUAUGUCGGUAAAAACAUGGGGUGGACCGGUAUGGCAUGCACUUGAAAAGCUGUAUAUUGAAUAACUUCAAUCGUUGAUGAAGGAAUAUCUCUAUUUGUUUUAAGAAGAUACUUUUCUCUCGAGGACAACUAUCUGUGGUACAUGUCCCGUGUUUAAAGAUUUGACAUUUUCACAGUCAGACAUGGUAAAUGUAACAGGAUACGAGUGUCUAAAGCUUUUUGAUUCCAAUGUAGCAUGAUGGUCCUAUGUUGAUCAGUCCCUGUAAAACUGUAUAUGCAUAUCUGCAAAAAUACUAUAUUGCAGUGGAUGAAUUAUUCUGUAUCAAAAUCCGUUAAGUUGUAGUAACCCUCACAACCAUUUCAUA